CGACUCGCGUGGCGCCCCAGGGGCCGACGGGAUCGGCGGCCGCGCUGAGGAGGCCAAGAUGGCGGCAGCGGCGGCUUCGCUUCGCGGGGCGGUGCUGGGCCCGCGGGGCGCGGGGCUCCCGGGCGCGCGUGCCCGGGGUCUGCUGUGCAGCGCGCGGCCCGGGCAGCUCCCGCUGCGGACACCUCAGGCAGUGUCCUUGUCGUCCAAGUCUGGCCCUUCCCGAGGCCGGAAGGUGAUGCUGUCAGCGCUGGGCAUGCUGGCGGCAGGGGGUGCGGGGCUGACCCUGGCUCUGCAUUCGGCUGUGAGUGCCAGUGACCUGGAGCUGCACGCGCCCAGCUAUCCGUGGUCUCACCGUGGCCUCCUCUCUUCCUUGGACCACACCAGCAUCCGGAGGGGUUUCCAGGUAUAUAAGCAGGUGUGCUCCUCCUGCCACAGCAUGGACUACGUGGCGUACCGCCACCUGGUCGGCGUGUGCUACACGGAGGCCGAAGCUAAGGCGCUGGCUGCGGAGGUGGAGGUUCAAGAUGGCCCCAAUGAAAAUGGGGAGAUGUUUAUGCGGCCAGGAAAGCUGUCUGACUAUUUCCCAAAACCAUACCCCAACCCUGAGGCUGCUCGAGCCGCCAACAACGGAGCAUUGCCCCCUGACCUCAGCUACAUCGUGCGAGCUAGGCACGGUGGUGAGGACUACAUCUUCUCCCUGCUCACGGGCUACUGUGAGCCACCCACUGGGGUGUCACUUCGGGAAGGUCUCUACUUCAACCCCUACUUUCCUGGCCAGGCCAUCGGCAUGGCCCCUCCCAUCUACACGGAUGUCCUGGAGUUCGACGAUGGCACCCCAGCUACCAUGUCCCAGGUAGCCAAGGAUGUGUGCACCUUCCUGCGCUGGGCAUCUGAGCCAGAGCACGACCAGCGAAAACGCAUGGGGCUCAAGAUGUUGAUGAUGAUGAGUCUGCUGGUGCCCCUGAUCUACACCAUGAAGCGGCAUAAGUGGUCAGUCCUGAAGAGUCGGAAGCUGGCAUAUCGGCCGCCCAAGUGACCCUGUCCAGUGUCUGCUUGCCUUCCUGCCAGAACAGGCCCUCAAGCCCAAGAGCCAUCCCAGGCCUGUUCAGGCCUCAGCUGGCCCACUUGACUAAGCCCCUCUUCAUCUAGUAGAAGAGGGAAGGGGACAGGAGACCAGGCUCUAGCUCUGGACCCUCCUUCAGUCUCUAUCAUGGGAAUAAAUUAAGUUUCUCAAAGUA